AUGGCUGAGAGCCCGGGGCAGCGGUCGGGGAGCGACCUCCCGCGGGCAGGAGGCGGCGAGGAAGGCGCAGCGGCGGCGGGGAAGCCGGAGCUGCCCCCCGAAGGGGCUGCGGAGCCCCCCGCUGGACCCCCGGGUGUCCCCCCCGACGGCGGGGCGGGACAGGAGCCGGCCGAGGCCGCGGAGCCCCCCGACGGCGGCUCCCCCGGGGGACGGGAGGAGAGCCCCGGCGAGGGGCGGCAGCAGCCGUCGGGGGUAGAGGAGCCGGAGCCCGUCGAGGACGGUGCUGCGCUGCCGGGGGGGGAACCGGAGGGCUCGGUGCUGGCCGAGGGGGCAGCGGAGGAGGCGGCCCCGCUGCGAACGGGCCUCGAAGAGGCGGCAGCGGCGGCCCCGUCGGGACCGGCCCCCGAGGAUGCGGUGCUGGAGGCUGAGGCUGCGGGAGCGGAGCCCGAGGAGGCGGCGGGGAGAGACCCGGGAGAGGAGGUGCAAGGGGGAGCCCCCCGCGGGGCAGCCCCCGAAGAGGCGGAGAGGGACGAGGCCCCGCUAGGGCCGGAGCCCGAGGACGCGGAGCGGGGGGAAGCCCCGUCGGGGGCGAGCCCCGAGGCGGCCGCAGAGGAGGCUCCGUCGGGGGCGAGCCCCGGGGAGGCUCCGGCCGGGAUCGAGGCGGCUCCCGAGAGCCCCGGGGAGCCGGAGGGCGCGGGGCCGGACGGCGAGGACGGAGCCGAGCCCCGGCCGGAGGCUGGGAGUGGAGCCGAGGCCCCGGGGGCGGCGGGGGCAGGAGCGGAGAGUGAGGCCCCGGGGGCAGGGGGAGGCGGCGCGGAGGCGGCGGGGCUGAGGCUGAACGGGGUGCGGGGCCGGGCGGAGGACGAGGAGGACGAGACGGGCUCGGCGGCAGCGCUGGAGCAGGAGGAAGAGGAGGAGGAGGAGAAGCAGGAGCACGACAUCUCCCUCUUCGUCAAGGCUGGCAGUGAUGGGGAAAGUAUUGGAAAUUGCCCAUUCUCUCAGCGUCUCUUUAUGAUCCUGUGGCUAAAGGGUGUCAUAUUUAAUGUCACAACUGUGGACUUGAAAAGGAAACCCGCCGACCUGCAGAACCUCGCCCCAGGGACGAACCCCCCUUUCAUGACGUUUGAUGGUGAAGUCAAAACUGAUGUCAAUAAGAUUGAGGAGUUCUUGGAAGAAAAGCUAGCACCACCCCGGUAUCCCAAACUUGCACCAAAACACCCCGAGUCUAACUCUGCAGGAAAUGAUGUGUUUGCAAAAUUCUCUGCCUUCAUAAAGAACCCAAGAAAAGAUGCUAAUGAAAAUUUGGAAAAAUCUUUGCUUAAGGCCCUGAGGAAGCUGGACAACUAUUUAAAUAGCCCCUUGCCCGAUGAAAUUGAUGCUUACAGCACUGAGGAGAUCACUGUUUCCAGCCGGAAAUUCCUGGAUGGAGAUGAGCUCACCUUAGCGGAUUGCAACCUCCUACCAAAGCUCCACAUAAUUAAGGUUGUUGCAAAGAAAUAUAGAAAUUUUGAUUUUCCACCUGAAAUGACAGGGAUUUCAAGAUACUUGAACAAUGCAUAUGCAAGAGAUGAAUUUACAAACACUUGUCCUGCGGAUCAAGAAAUUGAGUAUGCAUAUUUGGAUGUUGCAAAGAGAAUGAAGUAA